UCUAACCAUCUUUCAUACAGAGUAGAGGAGCCUUCGAAUUGUGAGACAAACUCCAUUUACCUUCGAGUGGGCUGGUUCUCAAAGCGCUGAUAUAAACAAUGAUUUGAGAAUGGAGUUAGUCUCCUUGUACGGAGCGCUCGCCUUUCAAAGUCGACUUUACUCACAUCGCAGCCUUUGAACAGGGAAGUUUUUUUUGACAACAUCUUUUGGGAAUAUUUUUUAUGUUCGCGGAAGCAGCACAAAGAAAAUGAGCAACAUCUAUGAGUCUGCAGCCAACUCCCUGGGCCUCUUCAGCAGCCCCUGUCUGACCAAGGUGGAACUGCGUGUCAUGUGCAAGGGGAUAUCCGACAGAGACGCCCUGUCCAAGCCUGACCCCUGCGUUGUUCUGAAGAUGCAGUCACACGGGCAGUGGCUGGAGGUGGACAGAACGGAGGUGAUCCGGAGCUGCAUAAACCCCACCUUCUCCAAACUCUUCACAGUGGACUUCUACUUUGAAGAAGUGCAGCGUCUGCGUUAUGAGCUCUAUGACAUCAGCAGCAACCACAACGGACUGAAGGACGCUGACUUCCUUGGAGCCAUGGAGUGCACACUCGGCCAAAUUGUAUCCCAGAGAAAACUUUCUAAAUGCCUGCUGAAACAAGGAAGCACGGUGGGGAAGGCUGCCAUCAUGGUCACCGCAGAAGAACUGUCGGGCAAUGAUGACUAUGUUGAGCUCUCGUUCAGCGCAAGGAAAUUGGAUGACAAGGACUUCUUCAGCAAGUCUGAUCCAUUUUUGGAAAUCUUCAGAACAAAUGAUGAUUCUACUCAACAGCUUGUACACAGAACAGAGACUGUCAUGAACAACCUCAAUCCAGUCUGGAAAACCUUCAAGGUCUCUUUGAAUUCGCUUUGCAGUGGAGACCAUGAGCGCAAGCUGAAGUGUGCUGUGUGGGACUGGGACUCCAAUGGGAAGCAUGAUUUCAUUGGAGAAUACCAAGCAACCUUUAAAGAGAUGCGAGUGGCAAUGGAUGGACGACAGGUGCAGUGGGAAUGUAUAAACCCCAAAUACAAGAUCAAGAAGAAGAAUUACAAGAACUCUGGGAUUGUAAUUCUAAAUCAGUGCAAGAUCAUCAAGAUGCAUUCUUUCUUGGAUUACAUCAUGGGGGGAUGCCAGAUACAGUUUACAGUAGCUAUCGAUUUCACGGCCUCUAAUGGGGAUCCAAGAAACAGCUGCUCAUUGCACUAUAUCCACCCAUACCAACCGAACGAGUACCUGAAGGCCCUGGUUGCCGUGGGUGAGAUCUGUCAGGACUACGACAGCGAUAAAAUGUUCCCUGCCUUUGGCUUUGGAGCUCGGAUACCUCCAGAUUUCAAGGUCUCCCAUGAUUUUGCUGUGAAUUUCAAUGAAGAUAACCCUGAGUGUGCAGGCAUCCAGGGCGUGGUGGAGGCAUAUCAGAACUGCCUUCCCAAGAUCCAGCUGUACGGCCCCACCAACAUCGCCCCCAUCAUCCAGAAAGUGGCCAACUCCGCCUCUGAGGAGAUGCACACCAAGGAGGCCAUGCAAUACUUCAUCCUGCUGAUCCUGACGGACGGGGUCAUUACUGACAUGGCAGACACGCGAGAGGCCAUCGUCCACGCCUCCCACCUGCCCAUGUCCGUCAUCAUUGUGGGCGUGGGCAACGCCGACUUCAGCGACAUGCAGAUGCUGGACGGGGACGAUGGCAUCCUCCGCUCGCCCAAGGGGGAGCCCGUCCUGAGGGACAUCGUGCAGUUUGUUCCCUUCCGCAACUUCAAGCAUGCAUCUCCUGCAGCCCUGGCCAAAAGUGUUCUAGCUGAGGUUCCCAACCAGGUGGUGGACUACUACAACAGCAAGGGGAUUAAGCCCAAGGACCUCAGUGACUACGAGUGCUCCAGGACAUUUGGCCCAUAACUUCUCAGCACACUUUCCAGAUAUCUUUACAGAGAUAGCACGUUUCAGCAAUUUUUCAACUAAUAUUUAAUAUUGCAUGUGCAGUCGUCCAGGCUUGCAUUUGUUAUGCAGUGGUAAUCGUUGAAGACGUUUGUAUGCCAAAUUAAAAACUUAAAAGAACCAAACUGACUACUUUGAAUAAGAGCAUGUCAACUUGGAAUCAGUUGAAGAAAUAUAUGAGACGUCUGUGUUUGUUUUUAUACAAGUUUGUUGAGAUUUUGCUAAAUUUCGUAAUAUUCUUAUAUUGUAAAAGUUUUUGGAUCCUUGAGAAUUAAUAGCUAUAUGUAUUAGACAUCUGCUCGAAGUGGACUUUUUGCAGAUAUGGCAGAUGCAUGAAUUUUGCAUGUCAAUAAUAAAGAAGACAUUUUUUCA